GUAGAACAAGUGAAAUUACUAGAUAGGUUCAGUGCAAGCAAUAAGUCGCUGACAGGAACUCUAUACCUUACGGCAACUCAUCUGUUGUUCAUAGAUUCAAGCCAGAGAGAAACAUGGAUAUUACAUCAUCACAUUGCUGCAGUGGAAAAACUUCCCUUGACUACUUCUGGCUGCCCCCUUGUUAUCCAGUGCAAGAACUUCAGGAUAGUUCACUUUGUCGUUCCCAGAGAGAGAGAUUGUCAUGACAUCUAUAACUCUUUGCUUCAGCUGUCAAGAACAGCAAAAUAUGAAGAACUGUAUGCCUUCUCCUAUAAUCCAAAACAAAAUGAAUCUGAGCAAGUCAAAGGUUGGCAGCUUAUUGAUCUAGCAGAAGAGUAUAAAAGAAUGGGAGUGCCAAAUGCUAACUGGCAGUUGUCCGAUGCAAAUCGUGAUUAUAAGAUUUGUGAAACCUAUCCUAGAGAACUUUAUGUUCCCAGAACUGCAAGCAAGCCCAUAAUUGUUGGUAGCUCCAAGUUCAGAAGCAAAGGAAGAUUCCCAGUGUUGUCAUAUUAUCAUAAAAAUAAAGAGGCUGCGAUUUGCAGAUGCAGUCAACCUCUCUCAGGUUUCAGUGCCAGAUGCCUGGAAGAUGAACACAUGUUGCAGGCCAUCAGUAAAGCAAAUCCUUCAAAUCGCUAUAUGUAUGUCAUGGACACCAGGCCAAAGCUUAAUGCAAUGGCAAACAGAGCUGCUGGGAAGGGCUAUGAAAAUGAAGACAACUACUCUAACAUUAGGUUCCAGUUUGUUGGCAUUGAAAAUAUUCAUGUAAUGAGAUCCAGCUUACAAAAACUUCUGGAAGUCAGUGGCACAAAGGGUUUGUCUGUCAAUGACUUUUUGUCUGGUUUGGAGAAUUCUGGCUGGCUGCGUCACAUCAAAGCUGUGUUGGAUGCUGCUGUCUUCCUUGUCAAGGCAAUAGCGGUUGAGAGCGCGAGUGUGUUAGUGCACUGCUCAGAUGGCUGGGAUAGAACUUCCCAAGUUUGUUCUCUUGGAGCUCUCUUACUAGAUUCCUAUUAUAGAACAAUCAAAGGAUUCAUGGUCUUGAUAGAGAAAGACUGGAUCUCUUUUGGGCACAAGUUCUCUGACAGGUGUUGUCAGUUGGAUGGUGAUCCAAAAGAGAUCUCACCAGUGUUCACCCAGUUUUUAGAAAGCGUGUGGAAUCUGACCGAGCAGUUUCCACAAGCCUUUGAGUACAAUGAAGCUUUCCUCCUUCAAAUCCAUGAACAUGUCCAUUCGUGCCAGUUUGGUAACUUCCUUGGAAACUGCCAAAAAGAGCGAGAAGAACUAAAAUUAAAAGAGAAGACCUAUUCCUUGUGGCCAUUUCUUCUGGGUGAACGAAAGAAAUAUCAGAAUCCUCUGUAUAAUCCAGACUUUUCUCCAGAACUAACUCUUUUGGAGCCUAACACAGUAUCAUUCAAUUUUAAGUUUUGGAGAAAUAUGUACCAUCAGUUUGAUCGAAGUAUGCAUCCCAGGCAAUCUGUGUCCAAUCUUAUUAUGAACAUGAGUGAACAAAAUAAACAACUGGAGGAAGACAUUAAAGAACUGGAAGCU